AUGUUCUUAAAUGACGCUGGCGACGGCGAUGGAACUGGAGAGGCUGACGGCGAGGGUGAUGGAGGAGGAACUGCAGUUGGCGAGGGCGAUGGAGGCGGAACGGGAGGUGGCAACGGCGAUGCAGUUGGGGAGGUUGAUGGGGAGGGCGAUGGAGGUGGAAUGGGAGGCGACGAGGGUGGUGGUGGUCGCGGUGGCGAGGGAGGUGGAAGUGGAGCGAUUAGUGAGGGCGGAGGGGGUGGCGAGGGCGGAGAUGGUGGAGGUGGCGAGGACCGUGGAGGUGGAAAGGGAGGUGAUGGGGGCGGAGGGGGUGGAUUGUUUGGUUUAGGCGGUGGUGGGGUACAUUUAGGUUUAGGAGGUGGUGGUGGAAACUUGGGUUUCCGAGGCGGUGGUGGUAGAGAUUCGGGUUUUGGAAACGUUGGUGGUGUUAAGGAUUUGGGUUUCGGAGGUGGCGGUGGCGGCGCAUAUUUGGAUUUUGGAGACGAUGGUGGCGGGGAUUUGGAUUUCGGAGGUAGUGGUGCAUAUUUGGAUUUUGGAGAUGGUGGUGGUGUUAAGGAUUUGGAUUUCGGAGAUGGUGAUGAUGGUGCAUAUUUAGGGUUAGGCUUAUAUUUAUAG